GGACGCCUAAAAUGUAAACAUGUCGGAAUUGAAUCGUAUUUUUAGUGAUUUAAAAGUUUACUAUCAGCCGCAUGUGCAGUGGGUGGAUGUGGAGGACUGGUUGUACGGCGAUGAAGCUGAGGACGAACCGUUGCAGCGGCGGGCCAAGAAGUUCUGGUCCAUGGCCAUGUGCCUACAGGACAUUGGCCACCAGGAGACGCAGCUGCAGUUGCUCCGGGAUUUGUCCGGCGUCAUACGGUCCAUGCGAGACGAGAACCAGGCCAGCUAUAGCAACACCCACGACAAUUGGUCCAGUUUAAUCGGGGUUUCUCCAGCGCAAGGCUAUCUGGCGUACAUAUAUUCGCUUGUGAGCCUGGUCAUUCCGCCCGAGCAUGUGCAACAGGCUGCUCCGAAAACCCUAAAUGAGAACCUCAAUCUGCAGCUAGCCCUCAAUGCGGCGAGCACCUACCUGCUCACUCUGACCAUUCCUGGAGCCAAGAGCUUUGGCGUCUUCGACGAGGAUGUGAUCGAACAGGUUCUUAAGAUCUUCCGGCUGCUGGAAGUGAAUAACAACAAGAGCGUUCGUGCAAACAUCAUCUGGAUGUUCUUCCUGACCAUCUGCGAUGAUCUGAAGAUCGUCUUUCGCUAUGUGCACUUCAAGGAGCACCUUAAGCCGCGCGACAGGAUCAUUCGCUGCCUGUUGGAGGUGCUCUACAUGAACUUUAAAGUGGGAUAUCAAAAUACAUGUGCUCCCGGCUUGCAUGGCAAGUGUUUUGAGCUCUUCGGGGAAAUAGCAAACGAACACAAUGGAGAUGUCUACGAAACUCUUCACUUGAUAAUGCGACAGACCUUUCCGAUGCACGUUUAUACGGACAGUCCCCAGAUAAUUGGAGCAGGACGUCGAGGAGGAACGAUGCAAAACGGGGAGCACAUAUCGGACUGGUUCAUCCAACUCAUAGACAAGUAUCCCGACAUUGUGAUCCGUAUCCUGCACUUUUACAUUGAGUGUGUGGUUCCAACCCCAUUAAAGCGGUGAUGGAAAAGCAACGACGAGAAGGUGGCUAUAGGCUAUGCAGCCAAGUACGACAGGGUUCUGUUCACCAAGUGCAACAAAUCCUGCGCAGAUUUUGUCCUGGAAGCCGUAAAAGCAGACGAUGCUGUGGGCAUUCAAACGCGUGCUCUGGAUCUGAUCGAGAAGAUCCUCUUGCAGCAAAGCGAGGUGGAGUGGACCAUCUUCCGCUACGAGGUGUCCAAGGUACCCAGGGAGGUUCUGCUCCUGAGGGAGGUGAUGCGUUGCCUCAACGAUCGCACAUUAACUGUUCGCCGGAAGGCGUGUCAAGUGCUCAUCCUGGCCCUGAAACAAGGAUCUCCCAUGACGAAAAAAAUUCUACAGGAAAGCAUUCGUUUCGUUCAGUUUGAGGAUACUGAUGUGGAAGCUUUGGCCGAGCCUUCUGCCGAGCAAUACGAGCUGCGUUUCGAGAAGCCCGGUAUCGUCCAGUAUGCCUUCAGUUUUCAGGGACAUGAGCAACUGGAGACGGAGGUCAAGAACUUGCCACAAACGGUGUACCAGCGUUUCCUGGCCGCGGAUAAUGGUUUGGCGCGAUCCGCUGGCAUAGCUCUACUAGAAAGACUGGUCCUAGUCAAUCCCCUGAUCAUCUAUAACACAAAUUUCGUGAAGGAAACCUCCUUGCUGGCCGUGGAUCGCUUGGCUUCCGUGAGGAAAUCUGCGCUGGAUACCAUAGAAACCCUGCUGGAGGCCUAUUCCAAUUGUUUCGCCCUGAUUUGUGUGUACUGCCGGAUUUGGGCUUGCUUAAUGAGCGAUGAGGAUGUGGCGCUCCAAAAACUGGCUAUUUCGAGCUUCGAUAAAAUGGUUUUGAAAAACAUUCAGCCCCUGGAGUAUUCCAACGAACCCAAGCACUUUAUGCCCUGGCGAAUCAUCAGCACCCUGCUGAUGACACAACCAAGAGCUUAUCUUCAGGAGAGGUUCGCUGUUUUACUGGAACGGGAACCCAUAGUAACACCCAGACUAGUAAACGUAAUUAUCUCACACUUAUCCACGUCCAUGGCCACCGAUGCCUGGGGAUUGCUGCUGUUCCUCUCCAGCCGGAUAACCAACAACAUGGACGCACUGAUUGGCAUAUUCAAUGGCCUCUCCUCCUACAACAUGAAGUCCAAUCAAUUUCUGGCCCUGCAGCUCAUCAUUGGCUGCCUGGGGAACUUCUCCAAGCCAGCACUUAAUCAGCUAUUCCAAAAACUCUUGAAUGCCCUGCGUACGGGCAGUAUUUGGCUGGGUAUCAUCUCGAGUGCCGUCAACUUGCUUAACCAGAUCCAUCACCUGUCCACCAGCCAGUCUCCUUCGACAGCCUCCGAGCUACCAGACUGGCAGCUCACUUUGCUGGAAGAUCUCACCGAGGGCAUUCUGACCAGUGCUCAAAAUUUCCAGGAGGAACACGCCCGCCUGCAGUGCUUGCUGGGUGCCUAUACAGAGCUAAUUGUGAUGGUGCCGCAGGAUGUGGACAAUCGGAUCGUGAGCAUUGUGUUUAAAUACCUGCAGGAGUGCACCAAGCUCAGUGAAUCGGAAUUCGAUUCGGAUAACGAGCGCAUGACCAACUGGAUGAUUGUGAUAGCUGGUCGUUUGUGCCUGAGGGAGAAUCAUCUGGCCAAUACCGCAUCCAAGCUGUACAGAACCAUUCUGACCAAAAACGACCGACCUCAGAUCAUCAACACCACUCUAAUAGCGCUCAACGAUCUCGGCAAAAAGCACCCAGCCAUUCUAGAGAGUAACUUUCAGGCGAUUCUGUCGAAGCUCCAUUCGAAAUUUGCCAUGACCAGAGUGCGCACUUUUCGGUGCGUAAAGGAUGUGAUUCUCUCCGGGAACAUCAAGCUCAAGGGUCCCAUUCUCAUAUCCAUGCUGGCUGGUCUGGUGGAUGAAAGUGCCGAGGUGGCCAGGGAGGCGGAUGCCUUCUUCACUCGCUACAAAAGAUUGUACAACAAAAUGUUAUUCGAUCACUGCCUGAAGGAGUGUCCCUUCGAUCUGAAUGGUCAGGCUAUUUUGAGGGGCGUGCGGACGGAUGGCAACUACAAAUCACCUCUCAAGGGUCCACAAAUGGCCAAAAAUCGUAGGUUGCUUUACAAUCACAUUAUGUCUUCGGUGGAUGAGAACGCGCUGUUGCUUUAUUUUGGCCAAUUAAAACUACUGGCAGAAAAAACCAGAGAUAGUGCUUUCAUCAAUAAUCCUGGCGCCCUAAUCGUGGUUCAGGAUAUGCUCUUCAUCAUGCGGCGCAUUUGUUAUUGCACUAAGGGAAAGGGAAAGGAGAAGAGCUCUCGGGGCGAGGGCGACAACAGCGAUGAAGGUGAAGAUGGGCCAUCGGAGGCACCACCACCACCACCUAGACCAGAAGCAGGAGAGGCAACGGCCAGAGGAAGAGGCCGAAAGGCGGACUUGUCCGAGGAACCACUCAAGCAACUGGAACGGUGUCUUCGCUAUGUGGAAGAAACCCAUCGCAAUCUUAAGUCCGUCAUGGAUCCCGAGCUCAGGCACACUUUUGAGUCCUUUUGCCGUGCGCUGGCCAUGAGAUUCCCCAACUACAUUGAGUUCGCUCAGCCCGCGCAGUUCUGGCAGAAGUUUAGAUCCUCAAAAGCUCCGAAAGGAAGCAAAAAGAAGCGACGACGCAUGGACGAGGAUGAAGACGAGUCUGAUGCGGAUCAGGAGUCGGGGAGCGACAGCGACAGUGAGAUGCCGCUGGACAGGCACAAAUCCACGCCGGCUGGCUCCCGUUUGUCCCAACGGAAAACCAGCUGCGAUAUGCUUGUUACGGAAUUGAUUUUCCAGCCACCCGACUGGUAGUUUCCAUUUUCUUGACCUUACCAACAGAAUUGGUUAAUUAUUUUGUUUUAUACAAAUCGAAUAUUGUAUUAUUUUGCAUUAUAUUUGUACAUAUCUUUAAGACCGAAAACCAAAAUUGAUUUGGUAAUUGUACU